AUGUCCUUGUCGUUAAUUACUGUGGACGGCGUUAACUUUCUUGUGAUGUGGUAUGCUGAGGUGUCUUUUAAUUACGACGUGACACAGUAUGCGUGUGAGACUAAAGAAAGUGCAAAGGACGUAGCGGGAACAGUGGCGGAGAAAGGUAAGGAAGGGGCGGAAAGGACAAAGCAGAAGACGGAGGAGGUGGCGGCAUCGACGCUAAACGCAGGAGAGAAGGCAAAGCAGAGCGUGCAAGGGGCAUGGGAUGUGGCGAAGGACACCACACACAAGAUUAAGGAAACCUUGGUUGGGAAGGAUGAUGAUGAUAAUGAUGGUGUUCUGAACAAUGAUGUUGCAGAGUUGGAGAGAAGAGAUGGGAAGAGUUAUGAUGACAAAGACGAUGAAGAAGACACAGAAAAAGGUGCCAACAUGCCCUUUUUUUAUGUCGUCUAG